AUGGAUUACUCAGAGAGUCCCAGGACUCGCCGCCGGAAGGCCAAACUCAUCUUCGGUCUGAAAGGGAAGAAGAAGAAGAAGAAAGUCAACACAGACCUGGUCCUGGAAAACAAGGGAGCUGUGGACAGCGAUGCGGAGGCGUCCUCUGAAGCGAGGGAGGAGGGAGACCCCUGUGAGGAGCAGCCGAGCAGCUCAGCAGCCGUCAGAACCAGAAUCAGACCCAACACCAGGAGAGCCAAACUGAAAACUCUGAUCCAGAGGAGUGAAGGGAAACCUCAGAGCUUCCAGAUUUCCAUUAACAUCACGGAGGCGCGGCAGCUGGUGGGCGAGAACAUCGACCCCAGCGUGGUGAUCGAGAUCGGAGAUGAGAAGAAACAGACUUCAGUCAAAGAGGGAACCAACGCUCCUUUUUACAACGAGUACUUCGUGUUCGACUUCUUCGCCCACAAAGAGGUUUUCUUCGACAAAGUCAUCAAGCUGACGGUAAUGCACUCCAAGAUGUUGAGGAGUUUCUGUGUGGGCUCCUUUAAGCUGGACGUGUGGACGGUCUACAAACAGCCGGGUCACCAGUUCAUCAACAAGUGGGCGAUGCUGACCAACCCCGGGGCCAUCAGCACCGGGGUCAAAGGUUACGUCAAGUGUGACAUCAGCGUGUCAGCGAAGGGAGAUGCCAUGCAGCCGGGACAGAAAGCCAGCGAUGCUGAGGAGCAGAUAGACAAGAACCUGCUGAUCCCAGAGGGGUUCCCCUCGGAGCGCCCCUGGGCCCGUUUCAGUGUGAAGGUGUACCGAGCUGAAGGUCUUCCCCGGAACAACUCCAGCAUCAUGGCCAACGUCACCAAGGCCUUCAUCGGAGACAACACGGCGCUCAUCGACCCGUACGUGGUGGUCGGCUUCUUCAAACAAGUGGGUCGGACCUCCACUCAGAAGUCCACAGCGGACCCGGUGUGGAACGAGCAGAUCGUCUUCAUCGAGAUGUUUCCUCCUCUGUGUCAGAGAAUCAAGAUCCAGGUCUGGGACGAGGGCAGCAUGAGCGACGUCGCCAUAGGAACGCAUUACUUUGACCUGAGACGCAUCUCCAACGAACAGGACGGAGACAGAGGGUUCCUGCCGACCUUCGGCCCCGCGUGGAUCAACCUCUACGGCUCGGCCAGGAACUAUUCCAUCGGAGACGACACGGUGGAGCUGAACGAGGGCAUCGGGGAGGGCGUGUCCUACAGGGGGCGGGUCUACCUGGAGCUCACUGUGGAGAUCCUGUCAGGAGGGACGGGCUCCGAGUCCAAACUGUCCCGCAUGGUGAAGCCGCUGAAGGACGCUAAAGCAGGAAAAGGAGGAGGGAAGGACGGGAAGACUCCUGCAGGAGGAGCAGGAGGAGCAGCAGCAGGAGGAGCUGCUGAGGACGACAAAGGGAAAGCUGCAGAGGUGCUGCCGGUCGAGUCUCCUCCUGCCCUGAACACAGACAACAUGGAGAACUUCCUGCUGUUCGGAGCGCUGCUGGAGGCCACGAUGAUCGACAGGAAGAUCGGAGACAAGCCCAUCAGCUUCGAGUUCUCCCUGGGAAUCUUCGGGAACACGCUGGAGUCGGCGGGUCAGCCGAGCGUCCCCGCCCCGAGUCCCGCCGUUCCCCGGAGGAGACGCGUGCUGGACGUCCCCGACGCCUCCGAGAUGUUCAGCACGUCUCCUCGCAGCUCCCCCCCCGCCUCCCCCGCCUCCCCCACCUCCCCCCUCCUGGUCCGAGAGCUCCGACCUGCUCAGGAGGCCCCGCCCCCCUCCAGGUCGGCCACGCCCCCACAGAGGCCGCUCAUCGUCGACGGCAACAAGUUCUACAUGUAUCUUCCUCUGGAGAAACAGAAGCCGUGCAUCAACGUGAUAAGUCAGUGGGAGAACAGAACAUACCGACUGUACAACUCCAACAUGCUGGAGAACAUCGCUGUUCUGUUUGAGGAGGGCGUGGCCGCUGCAGCAGAGCUCCACAAGAAGUCGGAUCCAUCAGCAGCCCAGCUGCUGAAAACCGUCCUGGGAGAGUUAUGUAUUGACGCCAGGAGUUUCAUCUCAGAGGCGGAGGCCAAGCUGAAGGCGGAGCUUAAGUCCAGCUUCCUGACUCAGCUGGACAAGAAACGCCUCACCAUGUGUAAACAGGAACUGGAGAGUAUGAUCGGAGAAGCUCAGUCUUUGGGAGAGAGGAAGAGAAAAGCUGGUGGAGUGAAAGAAAUGCUGAAGGAGGCGACCAAACUCACACACAAACUACGCUUCCUGGUGGUGGAGCCGCAGCACACGGUGCCCGACGUCUUCAUCUGGUUGUUGAGCAACAACAAGCGAGUGGCGUACGCUCGGCUCCGCGCCCGCGACCUGCUGUUCUCCAGCAGCCAGGAGGCCCGAGGGGUCAAAUGUGGCAAGGUCCUCACACUGUUCCUCAAGCCUCCUGGGAAGCGUGUUGCAGGCUUGUCCGUGCAGGCGAAGCUCGAUGUGUAUCUGUGGUUCGGGACCUGUUCGGACUCGGCCCACAUGCUUGACGACCUGCCUGCAGGUCUAACUCCGGCCACCGGGGGCGCCGACGCCAGCUGCCCCCCGACAGGCCUGCUGAGUGCAGAGCAGCAUCAGUUCCAGCUGAGGUGCCACAUGUAUCAGGCUCGAGGCCUGAUCGCUGCAGACAGCUCGGGGCUGUCGGACCCCUUCGCUCGAGUCACCUACCUGUCACACAGCCAGACCACCAACAUCAUCAGUCAGACUCUCAGUCCGACCUGGAAUCAGUGUCUGCUGAUGAGCCGUCUGCGUCUGAGUGGAGACCUGCAGUACAUCCAGCAGGAGCCGCCGAGGAUCCAGAUCGAGGUGUACGACGACGACGCAUUGGGGAAGGCGGAGUAUCUGGGCGCCACGGUGGCGGUGCCGGAGGUGCGGCUGUCCUCGGAGCCCUACACGCCGCCCACGCUGCAGUACAGCCCGCUGCACUGCGGCAGCCAAUCAGGAGGAGACCUGCUGGCUGCGUUUGAGCUGCUGCAGGUGGAAGAGUCCGGAGAGCAGAGUCUGCCGCCGCUGGAGGAGCAGGAGGGAGGCGUCUACACCGUCCCCGCAAACAUCAGACCGGUCCUCAGCACCUACAGGCUGGAGGUGUUGUUCUGGGGACUGAGGGAGCUGAAGAAGGUUCAGUUACUCUCCGUUGAUCGACCACAGGUGUUUAUAGAGUGUGCAGGUAAAACUUUACGCUCCUCCGUCAUCCAGAAGUACAAGUCCAACCCCAACUUCACCAUGCUGGUGGACGUCAUCGAGCUGGAGUUACCGGAGAACGAGCUCCUGCACCCUCCGCUCAGCAUCACCGUGGUCGACUGGCGAGCGUUCGGUCGCAGCACGCUGGUGGGAAACCACAUCAUCAACAACCUGAAGGCCUUCAAAUACACCCCGCCCCCCGCGCUGCCCGCCCCCGUGCAGACACACCCACCGCCUGCAGUCACACACACACCUGCACCAGAGACACACACACGUCUCCUGUCUGUCUCAGGACCGUCCCAGCCGGCUGCAGAGACGAGUUCAGCUGCAGCAUCGACGAGUCAGGACGUCCUGAUCACCGUGGAGGAAGAGGCCCCGCCCCCACCGCCACCGCCACCGCCACCUCCACUUCCAGCCCCGCCCACCCUGAAGAAACACCCCAGGAAGAAAUCGAUCCAGGAGAGCAGAACAAAAACCACCCGGAGUCGCUCCACCAAGCGGAGGAAGAGAACCAUCGCAGACGAGUCGGCGGCCAGCGUCAUCGACUGGUGGUCCAAAUAUUACGCCUCAGUGGAGAAACAGGCCAAACAGGACGAAGCUCCGUUCCCUCAGGUCUUUGAAAAAGCGCUGCCGUACCAUGGCUUGCUCAGCGAUGGAGUAGACUCACUGGUCAGCCGCUUCUCAGACGGAGAAAAGAAGAAGAAACAGAAAGCAAAACCUGAAGCUGUCGAUCCAAAACUGGGUCUGCCGGCUAAACUCGCCACACUGAAGCUGUACAACAAGGAGCUGGAGGCGGAGUUUGGCCCGUUUGAUGACUGGGUGAACACGUACGAGCUGUUCAGAGGGAAAGCCAACGAGGAGGAGGGCGCCUCGGAGGAGAGGUUCGUGGGGAAAUUCAAGGGACGGUUCUGUCUCUACAAGCUGGCGGAGGACGAGGCGGAGGACUGGGACGAGGACACCGAAGACUUCAGGGUGAACAGAGGGAUCCCGUCCAACAGCCCGGUCCAAGUCCUGAUCCGGGUCUACAUCGUCUCUGCGUCCAACCUGCACCCGGCCGACCCCGACGGGAAGGCCGACCCGUACAUCGUUCUUCGACUCGGCAAGAACGAGAUCAAAGACCGAGACAACUACAUCCCCAAACAGUUGAACCCGGUGUUUGGACGGUCGUUCGAGAUGCAGGCGAGGUUUCCUCAGGAGUCGCUGCUGUCGGUGGUGAUCUACGACUACGACUUGGUGGGCGGGGACGACCUGAUCGGAGAGACUCGUAUUGACCUGGAGAACCGCUUCUACAGCCGGCACAGAGCCACCUGCGGCCUGCCCACCGAGUACAGCCUGGACGGGUAUAACGCCUGGAGAGACUGUCUGAAGCCGUCUGAGCUGCUGUCCAAGCGCUGCAGAGACAACGGGCUGCAGGAGCCUCAGUUCAGACCGGGACGCAUCACUGUGGCCGACAAAGUGUUCACCGGGAAGACGCUGUUCAUGCACGAAGAUGAGCCUCUGGAGUCCUAUGAGCACCUGUCCCUGAAGAUCCUGCACCGCUGGGCUGAGAUCCCGGCUGUGGGCUGUAAACUGGUACCAGAACACAUCGAGACCAGAACUCUGUUUAACAAGGCUCGGCCCGGCAUGGACCAGGGUCAGGUCCAGAUGUGGGUGGACAUGUUUCCUGUGGAUUUACCUCAUCCAGGACCUUCAGUGGACAUCUCACCUCGAAAACCGAAAGGGUACGAACUGCGUAUCAUCAUCUGGAACACGGAGGACGUGAUCCUGGAGGACAGCAGCUUCCUGACAGGGCAACAGUCCAGUGAUAUUUACAUCAAAGGCUGGCUGAAAGGUUUAGAGGACGACCGGCAGGAGACGGACGUCCACUACAACUCUCUGACCGGAGAGGGAAACUUCAACUGGCGCUUCGUCUUCCCCUUCAGCUACCUGCCUGCUGAGAAGGUGGUGGUGGUGCAGAAGAGAGAACACAUCUUCUCUCUGGAUAAAACCGAGCAGAAGCUUCCUGCCAUCCUCAGUAUGCAGGUCUGGGACUUUGAGACGCUCUCCUCCGACGACUUCCUCGGCACCGUGGAGUUGGACCUUCAUAGUUUCCCUCGAGGAGCAAAGACGGCGAAGUCGUGUAAGGCGGACAUGUGGACGGACGGGACGGAGAGGAUCUCCAUCUUCCAACAGAAGAGAGCCAGAGGCUGGUGGCCCUUCAGCAAGACAGGAGAGCUGACGGGGAAAGUGGAGGCGGAGUUUCAUCUUGUGACAGCCGAAGAGGCCGAAAAGAAUCCUGUUGGUCGAGCUCGCAAAGAGCCGGAGCCGCUGCCAAAACCAAACCGCCCCGACACCUCCUUCUCCUGGUUUGUGAAUCCCUUCAAGUGUUUCUUCCACUUGGUGUGGCGGAGCUACAAGAAGUACAUCAUCAUUGCUCUGGUGCUGCUCAUCACCGUGCUGUUCCUCGCCCUGCUGUUCUACACGCUGCCGGGCGCCAUCUCUCAGAAGAUCGUCAAUGGAUAACACGCUAACACUGCAGCAGAACGUCCCUGUUUACAACUAUACAGCUACUGCAGAACAUAUUAACAAGAACUUUUGGUAACGCUUUAUAAUAAGGUCCUUAAUAACCAUUAAUUAACGAGUAAUAAGGCAUUGUUCUCGCUUUAGAUCCGGUAGUUGCAAAAAGCAUAGUUAACUUAUAGUUAACUUAUAGUUAACUUAUAAUAGAUGAGCAAUAAAGUAUAUUUUAAUAUCAAUAAGCAAACAAAAUAAGAUUAAUAAAGGCAUGGCAAAGACAUAAUGGGUGGGUCAUGGGUGUUUGUAAUGCCAUUAUUAACACUUAUAUAAGCUUAUAAACACACAAUAAUGUUAAUAAGCAUCUUGUAAGGACUUACAAGGGCCUUAUUACUUGUUAAUUAAUGGUUAUUACAAGGACCUUAAUAUAAAGCGUUACUGAACUUUUCUGUUCCGGCAGGACACAAUACUACAAUUUCCAGCUUUUUCACGUCCAGUUCUUUAAUAGAAACUACUGUCUGUUUGCCAUGAACAUUGACACAUUUAUAUAGUCAUAAAACCAUGUCAGGAUAUUUAGAUUUAUGAUCCUAAAUUAUUGAUUCAUAAUCCAAAAGUUUCACCGAUGUGAGUUAAAGUGGACUGUUGUUAAGUUAUACGUAGAGUAGCAGAAAACUAAUACUGAUAGUUAUUUGUGUUUUUCUUGGGAGAAACUAUGAUUCAUGGGCUUUUCCAAAUGUUUUUAAAAUAAAGACAUUUCUUUUUCAAA